CCCGAGUUACGCAAGAACCUGGACCCAAAUCUGAGUUACGGAGAGAAUCACAACCACAAUACUGCCCUUCACUAUGCUGCCAAACACGUUUUUGGAUAGUCGGUAAAUGUUUUUUGACAAUAAAAUGUGUAACAUUACUUAAUCUACCAUCAGCUAGAAAACAUCCAUCCAAUCGUUUUCUGAACGAACCCUUUCAAAAACAGAAGAAUCGUUUCUUAUUGAAUUACUUACACCUUGCAAUUAUCUGAUUUCCCGAAUCUUCCACAUUCCACUGUAAACUAUUGACUUAUAUGACCCAAUAGAUAAUAAUAAUCAAACGGAUUUAGUCGAGGCAUCGGACAAACCAUAGGGAUGAAGCACUUGCUAAGAACGUUCUUGAAUGAUUUGGGAGGUAAUCCGAAUAAGAAAAACGGCCUGAACGAGACUGUUUUACACUGUGCUUGUCAGCUUAACCAGACAAAAAGCUUUAGUGCACAAGAACGACGGGCCGCCUGUGUUCAACUCUUACUUUAUUGGAAGGGUGUGCCUCUCAAGGAAGGCGGAAGAGAAAAAGUAGAUUUGUCAGCUCAAGAUAAGGAAGGCAACACAACACUCCACUGGGCAGCCUUUAACGGCCUUAAAAAGUGUGUGGAGCUACUGCUAGCCCACGGAGCGCCAUUGUUCAUUGAAAAUAACGACAAAAUGACACCCUGCGACUUGGCAAUGAAAGCAUCUCAUCACGACGUCGCACGCCUACUCGAAAGCAGAAUGGUUUUCGCCGACAAUUCGGACGUCAUUAAUGAAGAUGAACUUAUGGUGGGCCAAGAAGAGGUUUACAGCGGCUUGAGAAGCCAGGACCUUCAAGAGGCUAAAGAUCAACUCCUGGUUGAUACCUCAGACAUGUUAAAAAUACCACUAUUCACAGCUGAAGCUCUAUUAAGGAACAACGAAUGGUCUCGAGAACUGCUUUUGGAAAAGUGGAUGAAAGAUCCGAUGGAAUGCUGUCGGGACGCCGGGGUGCAAGCGCCAUCUACAAUCCUGCACCAGGGAAACCCUUGGGAUUCUUCUAACUGCACAUCUCCGACAUUCAGUGAAGACAGCAACAAAUCUGAGAGGAUGUGCGAAAUCUGCGUAUCACCCAUAUCAGAAAAAGACAAGACGAUCGCCAUGUCAUGCAAGCACAACUUCUGUAGGUCGUGUUGGGGUAGUUAUUUAACUAUAAAAAUUCAGAGUGGGGACGCUCACCACAUAAUGUGUCCUGCCUACCAAUGUCACAUCCUGGUACCGGUUGAAACGAUCGAAAAACUGGUAAGCCCAGAAAUGGCGAGGAGGUAUCUUCAGUUUGACAUAAAGGCUUUUGUAGAGAGCAACAAAAGUAUUAAAUGGUGUCCGGUUGCUGGUUGCGGAAGAGCUGUUAGACUACCGGAAACGGAACAAAACAGAACAAAGACCGGAAACAAAUCAAUUCCUAUAACUUCACAUGCUGUCGACUGCGGCAAUUCUCACUUUUUCUGUUGGGAAUGCUUAGGGGAGGCUCAUGCGCCCUGCGGCUGUAACCAGUGGCAGGAGUGGCAAAAGAAAAUAGCUGAGAUCAAACCAGAGGAACUGAAAGCUUCCUGUAAUGAGAGCGAAGAUGCAGCCAAUUGUCUCUGGUUGGUCACCAAUUCGAAGCCGUGUCCAAACUGCAAGAGCCCCAUUCAGAAAAACGAAGGAUGCAACCACAUGAAAUGUUCAAAGUGCAAAUUCGAUUUCUGCUGGGUGUGUCAGGAAUCAUGGAAGAAACACAGUUCCGCGACCGGUGGUUACUUCCGAUGCAAUCGUUUUGAAGCUGUGACGAAAGCUGACGAAAAGCAGGGUACACUGAUUUCCGAAGCUUUGGACAGGAACAAUCAAAUGCAAGAGAUAUCACGAUUUCUCCAUUAUUACACCAGGUUUCGUAAUCACGAAAACAGCCAAAAGAUGGAAGAACCGCUUCUUACAACGGCCAAUCAAAAGAUGGAAAUAUUAGCCAACAGUCUUGGAUUGAAGUUCAAUCAAGACAAUGGAGUAAAGGGAACCCGAUUUUUUGAGGAUGGAGUUAGAGAGUUACUCAAAGCCAGGAGAGUUUUGUGCGGAUCCUACGUCUAUGGUUAUUACCUACAAGACGAUGGGUGCAAUAAAAGUAUCUUCGAGUUUAUGCAAAACGAAUUGGAAGAGGUAGCAGAGAAGCUGAGUGAAAUGAUUGCCCGACCUUAUUUGCGAACCCCGAAAUCUGUGAUAAUUCAAACGACGGCCUUGGCCCGCAGAAAGCGCCACGAAUUCGUAAGGGCUGUUGCACAAGGUCUUGUCCCACCCGAAACACCUCCAUCGCAACGGAAAGUGAAGAAAGCCAAAUACCACAAUAUAGAUUACUCUCCUGGAACCCCGUGGAAAAAGAACUGCAACUGGACCAGCUUCGGAUCAGAAGAAGACUUGCAAAAUCUAGAGACCAGCAUCCAAGAAAUCGACCUUCAAGCCCCAGAUCACCAAUGCGGAUUAAGAUGCAACAGAUACAACUGUUCAAAAAUCGGUUCAGACUACAAUGUGGAACUAGUAAUAGCAUUGGAGAUGUCCAGGCUCCAGAUGAUCGAAGAUAGACUUAAACAAGCGAAUACGGCAGUCACCCCAGACCCUAGUUCCAGCAUAUCGAACAACAGCAGCGAAAGUAACGAUGACCAACUGAAACUGGCCAUCCAACUUAGUUUACAGGACUCCUCCGGUUCGUUCAACAACCUCUCGGAGGAAGAAACUUCAAAAAGUGGUAGACGGUAUUUCUCCAAGUCCAACGCCGAUAUUACAGUGGACUAUUUUCUAAAGACUCUCGCCAAUCACCAAAUCGACCUAAAAAAUCUCGAAGUUGAUUUUAACAUGCUCCGGAACGAUGCUGAGAAAAUGAAGAACGAAAGAGAAUUUCUCUUCAAGCCAUGCAACAGCGGAAACGAAGACGGUCGCUUCCAAAUCUCGGACAUCCACGAAAACGGUUUCACCUUCGCCGACGACGACGAAGAUUUCGAUGACAACGAUAUCAGACUGAAAAGAUCCCACUCAACAGGCGACCUUUGUAUAAGAAGAUCCGGAAGGAGGACCAGGACGCGAGUCCCAGGGGAUGAAUCCAGGUACCAUUUAGACUCCGACCACAGCAGUCAGCACGACGAAAGACCAGAAGAAAUAGUCCGGAAAACUUUGACACUUCCUUCGAGUUCUUUACGUCAAAACCAGCAUCUUCUACCUCAUCAGGAAGAGAGAUUGUACGAAGGUCAAAGUUCAGUAGAUGACACCACUUCUGAUUCCAUGAACGCUGACAUGGAAGUUUGCGAAAUUAUGGAAAACGUCACCGACGAAGAUUUAGACAAAUCAAUUGACGAAGACGUUUCUUCAUGCGUCGAGAAGGAACACCAACAAGCGAAAAAGACUGAGCGCAUAUCACAAAUCUCCGACAUCAGAUUCCAUAACCCCUUCGCAUCCCUUAAAGCAAAGCUGUGUUCGGCUCACCUUCCAAAAACUUACUGCCUUACUAAACUUGCAGUCAAUAAAAGCAUUGGUUUACUACAGGAAACCGACAACACGACCAAAUCGAAAUCGAAGACCAAAAGUGAAAAACUUGCAUCUGCAAAACACGCUCACGUAACCAUUAGCAAAUCCGAUACCAAUCCCUCCACCUCGACAAAAAAUAACCCCGAAACAGCGGCCAACUACAAAACCAAAUUUUCUAAAUCGACCAGUUUCCUACACGAAACGCACAACGGCUGUGGUAAGAAGAUUUCGUUAAGCAAUCUAAAACUGAAAAUGCCCAAACCAGAAAAGCGCUCUUUAGAAACGGAUAGUUCAAAUGAAUACGAGUCAGAAACCGGUAUACCACGAUCUCCAACCCUUUUCAUCUCGGGUGUUUCAAUUUCCCGCACACCUGAACCAAAAAGCCCAAGAUUAAGCAUGGUAUCGACGAUUCAACAAUCCAGGUCUUCGAGCAUUUCAGCACCCCUGUCAUCCAACACCCUCAACACUUCAAAUAACAGUCUAAACAAUUUCAAUACCGACACUUCUAAUUCCUUCCGUGACGUGUCUCAUAAUGCCACCCCUCCCACCAGCCAACAUUGCAGCCCCAAAACCAAUGCUAAACAUUCUGGUACCGCUAAUAAAGAAAACACGAAAUCGAAAAGUGCUAGUGAACCUGAAAGAGAAAGGGAAGUUUUCAAGUUUCCCAAAUCGUCUACCGACGGGGCGCUCAGUUCGGUCCUGCACGUACAGGAAUCAAAUCUUAGUUCUGACGAUUUUCACGAAGCACUUUUUCUAUUUGAACGAUCGCCCAAGACUAGGGACUCAAGAAGGAAAAAGAGAUCGAAGAAAAAGGAUAAAGAGGAAAGAAGAGAGGAAGCCAGUUCGGCCUUGUGAACCAAAAGACUGUAUUUCUUGAAGUAGCUCGUAGAUUUUGUAAUAAGAUUGCAUAUUGUGAUAUAACUACUUAAUUGGUAUAUUAUUAUUGAUUAUUAUUAAAUAUUAAAAAUCGUGUGUUAUAAAGAACACAUCGUCGUGGAUAUGUGCAAAAGAUAUCGGCAAAUGGGUUGCCUUUGAUACUAUUUAUUUUACUUUUAAAUUCAAAAGUAAAUGAGAAUAAAACAUAAACUUUUCAGGUAAAUGUAUACUUUUAUCCAACAAAAUUUAGAGACUGAACUGACCUGUAACACACUGUACAAUAACUGUUAAUAUUAAUAGUUAAAACUUGAUUAGAUACCCUGACUUGACAUUGGUCAACUUCAAUCUCACAAGCAACAGAUAAAAGUCAAUUUCUUCAGACGGCUUUAGUAAAAAAUUGUUACGACAUGUGUCCUUUAUAACAGACAAAGACGGUUUAGGAAUUUAAAAAAAUUAAGAAUGAAAGCAUGUACCUAAGUGUAUAAAAGUGUUCACUCGAGUUUAAGGUCAUAUUUAGACUUGAGAACUUUUGUAAUUUGUUAUUUCAUUAAUUUAAAUUAAUAAUGUCAUUAAAAAUAUAACUUAGUAAAAAUGA